AUGAGUUGGGAGUGCUUGGGGAACUUUCUGCGGAUUACACCGAGUGCAGAAUACUUUGAGGACAAAUACUUAUCUUUUUCUGUUGUUGAUCAAUCUGGCAUAGCCUGGGAGCUAGAUGAGGCCAUGGCAUCGCAGUGUGGCUAUACAGUAACUUACAGCAACUGGAGUAACGUUGAGUUUCGUGCUUCUGCACUAAGCUGCCAUGCUCGCUUAGAGAAAGAUGUGUUCACAGUAACUGUACAAAUCAAAGCAUCACAUACUCCUGACAUGAAAAACGCUGUAACUCAUCUGAAAAGUGCAAGUUGCCGUUACAGCCCGUGGAGUCCAAGAGAGUUAGUAUGUGCAAGUAACUACAUGGAGGUUUCUGUCAGGAAGGAGGUUCCACAAACUGUAAAAGACUUCAUUCAGGAUGAACCUGAGGACUGGACUCUUGCCUUUACAGAGGUAAAAGCAGGGGAAGCCUCAAUAUGGCAAAUAGUGUUUCAUCAACCAGAAGAGAAAAAGGCUUUUCUUGUGAGUGAUGCUUGGAGUGCAGGCUAUGGACUCAACACAACAGACACCAGGGUUCUGCUGCGAGUACCAUACACUGCUGCACAAAUUCAGCUGGUUGAGGAUCAAGGAAUUACCUUUACUGCAGUGAGAUCAAGUAUAUUUUACAAACAGCGAUGGAUGAUCCUGAUGGUGGAUACUGCUGUGGCAUGUCCUGUAGAUGGUGUGGACUACACUAAUAAAACAAUCAUCUGGACUGUUCCAAAGUAUGUUCAGCCACUCUCUGCUGGAGCAACUAGUUUUAAGGAUGUGCUUGUUGAAGUUGGUGUGGAUCUGCAUAAACUCUCUGCCAAAGAAAUGGCUUCCAGAAAAUAUGUGUUAUUGAAUGACUUAAAUGCAAUUACAAUGAAGAUACCAAUAGGUGCAGAAGGUGGCUAUUACAAGACUUCUGUGAGCAGCGGACAGCAUGGGGCAAAAUACACCAUCAACCUGUUCCUGGAACAUCAGUGGGAAGAUAACAAAUGGGGACUAACUAAACAUACUAUCAUCAAGGAAAUAGAGACUCCAUUUGAACAAGUAGAACUUGCUGUAACCGACUACUCAAAUCUGAGUGUGAGGCUAAUGAAUGUGACAGUGGGAACGUUCCUUCCUGAUGUGGAGCUUGUGAACUUAACGAUUGAGGGGGCAACUGUUGCUGUACCUGAAGCUGUUCAGCACGGAUAUCUAACACAUGAGAUCAGAUAUGCUAAUGGAAGCAAAGCCUAUGUAAUACAAGUCCCCUUUAAUGCACCAAGCAUUAAGAAAGAGUAUAUGAGAGCAGACGUGAGAGCAUACACCCUGAACGUCACAGUUGCAUUCAUAAUCCAUCCAACAAGUGAGACCUUCACUGUCCCAGUCAUAACAGUGUCCACUGUGAAAGAUGCAGUACUGCCCAGUGCAAGAGGAUUUUGUGAUGAGAGGAACCUUCAUCUCCUUAUCACUCAUGGAAAUGUGGACCAAAACUGGCUACCCUUUAUCUCAGACUGGCACCUGACCCCAGAAGCGGCGCAGGAGUACAACUACAGCCUGAGGGACAAUGGCACUCACUUGGCAAUCUCUGUCCCUUUCCUUUCUUCCCAUGUGAACUAUGAGGAUUUUCAUGCCUCUGGAAUAAAGGCUUCACUCCACUUAACCUUGAAGGAUGGCAUCACCUUGGCUAAUAGGAGGGACUUCUCAGUUUCCUGCAGAUUUUCACCUUCAGAGCUAAUAAAGUGCCUGUCCAAUGGCACUGUGGUUGUUACUGCAGUGAAAUUGGUAGGAAUUGCAGACAUGGACACCAGCCAGCUUGUGUUGAGGGACAGACAGUGCAAACCCAGCCUAGUGACAGAGAAGACUGCAACCUUUAAGUUCAAUGUGAACACUUGUGGAACAAGUAGAAAGUUCAAUAGCACAACUAUGACAUAUGAAAACGACGUACUCUAUUUCAGACCUGGUAAUGAUACACUAGUAUACCAACUGAAAUUUGCAUGCUCAUACAUAAUCAAGCAGACUGUUGGUGUCCGAUAUGAAUCCAAGAAGAACCCACCACCCAGUAUUGAGUCAGGCUUUGGCUCUCUUGCUCUUUCAUUGAAGCUUUUCAAAGAGAAAUCCUAUUCAGACCCCUAUCAGGAACUGGAAUAUCCCGUGGUAAAAUACCUGAGGGAGGCACUGUAUUUUGAAGUUGAGCUGCUCCAACCUGAAGAUGCAAGACUUGAACUAAACUUGGAUGACUGCUGGGCUACCAAUUCCCAGAGCCAGGACAGCCUUCCCCAGUGGCCCAUCAUUAUAAAUGGGUGUGAAAACAGCGAAGACUCCUACAGAACAGUCUUUCAUAAAGUUAACUACAGUCCCAGAGUAAAAUUUCCUCAGCACCUAAAGAGAUUUGAAGUGAGGAUGUUCACCUUUGUACAAGGCACAACUCUGUUGGAAGAGCAGCUGUAUUUCCACUGCAGCGUGGUGAUCUGCAGCACUAUGCAGCAGCCUUCAGGCUUUCUUUGUCCAAAGAGAUGCAAUCCUGGGAAUCACAGGCUUGUGUUGAACUGCGUCUCUUGUGUGACUUACAUGUGA